GUUUGCAUUUGAUGGUAUGGGCUGUUAUCAUGCAAAUACACUCAGUAUGUGCUGGUGCAAGGUUGUACCUGCUAGCUGACGUGCUUUCAAGCACUCCCAUAGAACAGCCCACAGGCAAACAUGUUUCUGAGCAUUGGAACAUGCUUAUUCAUGAAUACUGCCUCUUCUGUCUGCAUAUAAGGCACCCAAGAAUUCUGGCUUUGUGGGGGUGUCCAGGUAUGUGGGUGGGGAUCUGAUCUUUCUGAUGCGUCUUCAAAGUGUCUUGUUAACAAAGGGACAGAAUAGUCCCAAGGUUCCUUCUUCUUUGCAGUCCAGAGCUUGGCGUGAGAUGAAGUGGGGAUGGGAUGAGGGGCCUAAGCUCGCUGCUCCCAAAGACUCUUGCCCCUAUACCCUUAGAGCUCAGGUAGCUCCUGCUGCCCCCCUUUUCUGUUCUUUCUUAUCCUCUUCCCUUCCUGUGUGUAAAUAUUAAAGAGCUGAGCCUGCAAGGCUGAUGUAGACAUGGGGAGAGAAUGAAAUUAAAAAGGAUUCCCUUGCCCCCAUCCUGGCACCCCCACCCCACAGUUCUCUGCUCCUGCCUCCUCCCCUCUCCCCACCCCUCCCCUUCUUCACUCAAUGCUUCCACAUGUCUCUCCUCCCCCCAGUCCAGAUGGGAGCUGGCUCCUUCAGAAAGGGGGCUCAGAACAGGGUGCAGGGGAGCUACCUCUCUCUUCUUGCCCCCACCACAUCUGUCUGCAGGGCUGGGAGCCCCCACGAGCCAAUCCUGAGCCUUCUGAAGUUAGGAUUCUGCCUGGCAGUGGGGAUCCUGACGACGAGGAUGGGACGUUCCGGAUGGACAUUCCUGGGGCCUGGCCCCCAACACUAUGAAGAGCCUUUGCUGAGGCCAUGAGGGGUUACCAUGGCGACCGAGGCAGCCAUCCCCGCCCAGCCCGCUUUGCUGACCAGCAGCAUACGGAUGUGGGCCCAGCUGCCAGGGCCCCAUACCUGCUGGGCUCCAGGGAGGCCUUCUCCACUGAGCCCCGCUUCUGUGCCCCAAGAGCUGGCCUGGGACACCUUUCCCCCGAAGGGCCAGUAAGCCUCAGCGAGGGGCCGUUGGUAGGCCCCGAGGGAGGGCCAGGGGGGGCCGGGGCUGGGGGGGGUAGUAGCACCUUCCCCAGGAUGUACCCUGGCCAGGGCCCCUUUGACACCUGUGAAGACUGUGUGGGCCACCCCCCGGGCAAGGGUGCCCCCCGCUUACCCCCAACACUUCUGGAUCAGUUUGAAAAGCAGUUGCCCGUUCAACAAGAUGGCUUCCACACGCUGCCCUACCAGCGAGGGCCAGCUGCAUCUGGGCCUGGGCCAGGGCAGGGCUCUGGCACUGCUCCCGAGGCCCGAAGUGAGAGCCCCAGCCGCAUCCGGCACCUGGUUCACUCCGUGCAGAAGCUCUUUGCCAAGUCCCACUCUCUGGAGGCACCGGGGAAACGGGACUAUAACGGGCCUAAGGCAGAAGGGAGAGGUGGCUCCGGGGGAGACAGCUACCCCGGCCCGGGCUCUGGAGGCCCCCACACCUCCCACCACCACCAUCACCACCACCACCACCACCACCACCAGUCCCGGCACGGCAAGAGAAGCAAGAGCAAGGACCGCAAGGGGGACGGGCGGCACCAGGCCAAGGCCGCGGGCUGGUGGAGCUCUGACGACAACUUGGACAGUGACAGUGGCUUCCUGGCAGGUGGGAGGCCUCCCGGAGAGCCCGGGGGUCCCUUCUGCCUGGAGGCUCCGGACGGGUCCUACCGGGACUUGAGCUUCAAGGGGCGCUCAGGCGGGUCCGAAGGCCGCUGCCUUGCCUGCACUGGGAUGUCCAUGUCGCUGGAUGGACAAUCAGUCAAGCGAAGUGCCUGGCAUACCAUGAUGGUCAGCCAGGGUCGGGAUGGAUACCCGGGGGCCGGGCCAGGCAAGGGACUCCUGGGUCCAGAGGCCAAGGCCAAAGCCAGGACUUACCACUAUCUGCAGGUGCCGCAAGAUGACUGGGGGGGUUACCCCACGGGUGGCAAGGACGGGGAGAUUCCCUGCCGCAGAAUGCGCAGCGGCAGCUACAUCAAAGCCAUGGGGGAUGAGGAGAGCGGAGACUCGGAUGGCAGCCCCAAGACCUCUCCCAAAGCCCUUGCCCGGCGGUUCGCCUCUCGUCGCUCCUCCAGCGUGGACCAGGCCCGGAUAAACUGCUGUGUUCCACCCCGGAUCCACCCCCGGAGUUCCAUCCCUGGUUAUAGCCGAUCCCUCACCACUGGACAGCUCAGCGACGAAUUGAACCAGCAGCUGGAGGCCGUGUGCGGCUCCGUGUUCGGAGAGCUUGAGUCCCAGGCCGUGGAUGCCCUGGACCUGCCGGGCUGCUUUCGCAUGCGGAGCCACAGCUACCUCCGGGCCAUCCAGGCCGGCUGUUCCCAAGACGACGACUGCCUGCCCCUCCUUGCCGCCCCUGCCUCUGUCUCAGGGAGGCCCGGCUCCUCCUUCAACUUCAGAAAGGCCCCGCCCCCCAUCCCGCUGGGAAGCCAGGCCCCGCCCCGCAUCUCCAUCACCGCCCAGAGCAGCACCGACUCGGCCCAUGAGAGCUUCACCGCGGCCGAGGGCCCCGCCCGGCGCUGCAGCUCCGCCGAUGGGCUGGACGGUCCUGCCAUGGGCGUGCGCACCCUCGAGUUGGCACCGGUUCCACCCCGGGCCAGCCCCAAGCCCCCCACGCUCAUCAUCAAGACCAUCCCUGGAAGGGAGGAGCUGAGGAGCCUGGCUCGGCAGCGGAAGUGGCGGCCGUCCAUUGGGGUGCAGGUGGAGACUAUCUCAGACUCGGACACAGAAAACAGGAGCCGAAGAGAGUUCCACUCCAUAGGCGUGCAGGUGGAAGAGGACAAGCGGCGAGCGAGGUUCAAGCGCUCCAACAGCGUGACAGCCGGCGUGCAGGCGGACCUGGAGCUGGAGGGUCUGGCUGGCCUGGCCGCCGUGGCCACCGAAGACAAGGCCCUGCAGUUUGGACGCUCCUUCCAGAGGCACGCCUCGGAGCCGCAGCCUGGGCCCCGGGCGCCGACCUACUCAGUCUUCCGCACGGUCCACACGCAGGGCCAGUGGGCCUACCGCGAGGGCUUCCCACUGUCCUAUGAGCCCCCUGCUGCCGAUGGGUCCCAGGGCCCGACCCCUGCCCCUGCCCCUGGCCCUGGGGCCGGCCGCCGCGACUCCUGGAUGGAGCGCGGAUCCCGCAGCCUCCCUGACUCAGGCCGUGCGUCCCCUUGCCCCCGGGAUGGCGAGUGGUUCAUCAAGAUGCUGCGGGCUGAGGUGGAGAAGCUGGAGCAGUGGUGCCAGCAGAUGGAGCGCGAGGCGGAGGACUAUGAGCUGCCAGAAGAGAUCCUGGAGAAGAUCCGCAGCGCCGUGGGCAGCACACAGCUACUCUUGUCCCAGAAGGUUCAGCAGUUCUUCCGGCUGUGUCAGCAGAGCAUGGACCCCACCGCGUUCCCCGUGCCCACCUUCCAGGACCUGGCGGGUUUCUGGGACCUCCUGCAGCUCUCCAUAGAAGAUGUGACCCUCAAGUUCCUGGAGCUACAGCAACUCAAGGCCAACAGCUGGAAACUCCUAGAACCUAAGGAGGAGAAGAAGGUCCCUCCGCCCAUACCAAAGAAGCCCUCGCGGGGCCGGGGCGUGCCGGUGAAGGAGCGCUCCCUGGACUCCGUGGACCGGCAGCGGCAGGAAGCGCGCAAGCGGCUCCUGGCGGCCAAGCGCGCCGCCUCCUUCCGCCACAGCUCGGCCACUGAGAGCGCGGACAGCAUCGAGAUCUACAUCCCUGAGGCCCAGACCAGGCUGUGACCGGCCCAGCCCGCCCGGCCCGGCCCGGCCCGCGGUUUUCUACCCGUACUGUACACCCAGCGUCGAGGUCACUGUGAACCGGGCCGCCCCGCGCGCCCGCCGCGCCGGCUCCACACGCCCCGGCCCUGCAGCCCGAGCGCUCUCGUGGGUUUUUUUUUUUUUUAAACCUUCCCGAGCCCACGCGAAGGCGCCCGGGCUGGGCUGGGGGCCGCGCCUCUCCGCCCUGCGCUCCCCACAUGGACCCACUUUCUCCUGGUCCUCCGCUUCCUCCCCACCUCCUCCCCUUGGGCACCAUCUCUGCCAUUAUUCCCCCUUCCUUCCACCCCCAUUCCCCCCCACACGGGCCAGGCCGGGCCGGGUCCCCCAUCUGGGCUCUGCGAUUCCCCACCUCUCCCUUCUCCCACCCCGCGGGGCUGGGCUUCGUGGGGACCAAGCUUCGUGGCUUUUUAUGAAGACUCCCGACCACCCUCCCCUCCCCGCCCCGCACCUAGGAGCCCGCCCCACCCUCCCAGGGCUCCCCUCUCAGCCCUCACUCAGCCCACCGGGCCCAGGGACCACAGUGGCUGGACCAACCCCAGGACCAGGGCACCUGGGCAGCUCCUCUUUCCCAGCGGCUGGGGAUGGGAGAAUGGGGGCUUCCCUUCACCACACCUGUGGCUGUUCCCACAUUCCCCUUGAGUAUCCCAGGAAAAAUAAAACGGCAGAACUGCA